AGCAUGGGAAAUAGUAAAAGUGGAGCGCUGUCAAAGGAGCUUCUGGAGGAUCUGAAGUCCAACACCAAAUACUCGGAGACUGAGCUCUGCACCUGGUACCAGUCCUUUCUCAAGGAGUGCCCCAGUGGCAAAAUCAGCAAGGAGCAGUUUGAGGGCAUCUAUGCCAGCUUCUUCCCAGAUGCAGACCCCACAGCGUAUGCGCGCCACGUGUUCAGGAGUUUCGACACCAACGCAGACGGCACUUUAGACUUUAAAGAGUACAUCGUGGCUUUGCACCUGACCUCCGGCGGCAAGACGCUGCAGAAGCUGGAGUGGGCCUUCGCUCUCUACGACGUGGACGGGAACGGAACCAUCAGCAAAAACGAAAUCCAAGAAAUUGUUAAGUCCAUUUUCAACAUGAUCCCUACGGAAGACCAGAAGAACCUGCCCGAGGACGAGAACACACCCGAGAAGAGGGCAGAGAAAAUAUGGGACUUCUUUGGAAAGAAGGAAAACGAUAAAAUCUCCGAGGGGGAAUUCAUUCAGGGGGUGAUGGACAACAAGGACAUCCUUCGUCUGAUUCAAUAUGACGAGCCUCAGAAAAUCAAGGAUAAGCUCAAGGAGAAAAGACACUAG